AGAUAGAGCAAGCAGCCAGUCAAAUGACGCACAUUAUCGCGUACAAAGCCAACGUGGUGCACUCUGUAGCUCUCGGAGAGCUGCAAGUUCUUCAGCCUGGACUCGUAGGCGUCAAUGAGCACGGAAAGAUCGUGUUCGUGCUGGACUUGAGCCAGUCGCCACUCGUCACGCGCCACUUCGACGAGCUCGUGGACUUGGGCGAGCAGCUGCUGCUUCCUGGCUUCAUUGACGGCCAUGCACAUGCUCCUCAGUACUCGUUUAUCGGAGUGGGGAUGCACCUGCCGCUGCUACAGUGGCUAGAGACAUACACGUUCCCAUACGAAUCCAAGUUCCAGAAUCUGGACUACGCUAGAGCUGUGUACGAGAAGGCAGUGCAACGCCAUCUCAGUAGCGGCACAACUACAUGUUCGUACUUCGCUACAGUGCAUCUGGAAGCGUGUAAAGUGCUGGCCGAUGUAUUAGAGCAAGCUGGACAACGUGGAUACGUGGGGAAAGUCAACAUGGACCGGAAUGGGUCCUCUGGGCUACAGGAAGAGACCCAAACGUCCAUUGAUGACACGAGAGAGUUUGUGCUAUACGUGCAGAGUAAAAGAAACGAGCUAGUAACUCCUGUUAUCACGCCGAGGUUCGUUCCGAGCUGCACAUCGAAGCUUAUGAAAGCUUUGGCCGAGAUAUCGAGGGAGCACCAACCCAAGUUGCCCGUGCAGUCACACCUGGGGGAGAACCGAGACGAGAUCAGCUGGGUCAAGAGUCUCCAUCCAGAGAGCGAGACGUACACAGGAGUGUAUGACGACCAUGGACUCCUGCACGAUCGCUCGUAUAUGGCACAUUGUAUCUGGUGCAGCAAAAGUGAACGAGAGUUGCUACGUGAGAAGAAGACGGCCGUGAUCCACUGUCCUAAUUCCAAUUUCUCCCUCUCCAGUGGCGUCCUAAAUGUGCGUCGAUUAUUGCAAGAAGGAAUCAAAGUCGGACUGGGCACGGACGUGUCUGGAGGAUACUCUCCGUCCAUGUUGGACGCCAUUCGCCAAGCUGUCAUCGCGUCCAAGCUCGUCUCGAUCGGCAAUGGCAGCUCCGGCGACGAAGACACUGGUGAGUCUCAACACGAGCCGCUCUCAUUUGCCGAAGCUUUUCAUCUUGCUACCGUCGGCAGCGCAGAGGCUCUGGGCCUCGGUGAUAGAGUAGGCAACUUUAUGGUCGACAAGGACUUCGACGCGCUUGUCGUUGACCCAUACGCCCCCAACAGCCCCAUCGACGAGGCCCAUGACCCAGUUGAAGCUGCCGAUGUGCUUCACACAUUCCAGAAGUUUCUAUUCCUCGGUGACGACCGCAACAUCGUCUCCAUCUUUGUUGGUGGAAGGCAAGUCAAGAAUGCAGCGCCUAAACUCAAGUCCACUGAUGUAACCAGCUCCCCACUAACUCCUGGCAGUGUACACCCCAGUAUCCAGCCUCUUUCCUUGGCGACUGGUUAGUAGACCACAAUAUACAU